AUGUCGAUGACGCGUGAGCUGAAGGACAGGCAGAUCACGACCGGCGCAAUCAGGACCCAGGAGCGACAAGAAACAUUCGACACUGUCAAGGGAGUGACAGACUCCGCCUGGAGAGAAGAGGUUGCAAGUGUGAGGGCGCCAACUGCCAUGGCGAAACAAGAGGGGGAUGGCAUGGUUCGCAGCACCCUGAAACGCACCGUGCACGCCUAUCGGGCUAUUGGUCUCAGCGCGUCGCGCUAA